AUGGCUCCUUCCAACAAGGCCUCGGCCAAACCCCAAGAUGCUAAAGCCAAAUCAGCUAAAAAAGCAGCACUCAAAGGAACAUCUUCUGGAGCCGUAAGAAAAGUACGAACUUCAGUUUCUUUCCAUCGACCCAACACACUUCGAUUACCUCGUGCUCCUCGAUACCCCCGAAAAUCCGUUCCUCACCUUCCUCGAAUGGAUCAAUUCAGAACCAUCCAACAUCCUCUUAACACCGAAUCUGCCAUGAAAAAAAUCGAAGAACACAACACCCUCGUUUUCAUCGUUGAUAUCAAAUCAAACAAGAGAAACAUCAAAGAUGCCGUUAAAAAACUCUACGAUGUUGAUGCCGCCAAGGUCAACACCCUUAUCAGACCCGACGGUAAGAAGAAGGCUUACGUUAGAUUGACCGCCGACUUCGACGCUCUUGAGGUUGCCAACAAGAUCGGUUUCAUUUAA